CAUCAACAUAACUCAAGAGAACGAAGAUGCCAGGAGUUGCUGUCGCCCAUUAUCCUUUCCCUAUAUUCUCAAGAGCUGUCCUUUUUCCUUAAUGACAGUAAGCAUUCGAAAUAUCCGAAAGCAUCCGCCUCAUACUCUCCCUCCAUGCCCACUCUCCAAGGCCCCCAUUCAACACAAAAGACCACUAAGGCACACAAGGCGUGGCCUAAGUAUUGAGACCUCCUGCUUCUUCAACAAUGCCCAAGUCCAGUCUCGGCCCAACCCCCAAAUCCAUUACGGGCGGCUGCCUCUGCGGCUCCGUCCGAUACAAGAUCACCUACCCAGACGACCACGACUUCGAUUCCAGCAACUAUCUCUGCCAGUGCACCCAGUGCCGAAAGCAAACGGGCGGCCUCUUCCUAGUCAGCCAGCAGGUCCCUGUCUCCGCCCUGGAGUGGACCUCAGGCACGGAAACCCUCAAGGAGUACGCGGCCAGCGAAUCCGGCCGACGCGGGUUCUGCGGCGAAUGCGGAUCGGUCCUGUUCUGGCGAAGCGUGGCCGGCCGAACGAUCAGCCCCACCAUCGGCAGUGUCGACCCCCUCUACCUCUUCGGGGAGGGGGCAGGUGCCCGGUUCGGAGGAGGGGAGGACGUGCCGGCCGAGGGUUUCGGGCGGGUGCUGUGUAGUGGGACCUACGUGGAGUGGUGCGCCAACGAGAUCAAGGGUGUGACGGACGACAUCCCGUUGCUCUUCCGGGGUAAGAGGCUUCAGGGUAACGCAGAGGACUGAAGGGGGGGGGAUAGGUCUCUCUUACCAAAAAAGAUGAGAUACUGGCUUCAUGGGAUACUUUCUGGCGGCGAACGAGAUGCCCUUUUGGAUCUGCGGCCCCAAUGUAAGGAUGGUUCUCUGGACGCUUGCUUCUGUCCGUGUAAGAUGUGACCUUGUCAGUACGAGGAGAAGGACAAAGCAUGAUAUGACCGUCCUUGGACUGAAGUCUAUGGAGACACACAAAGUGCGACACUGAGCGCGGCAGUGAUACACAUUUCACGGGAAGCUUGCUGGUGAAUGGGAGAAUGGGAUUAGACGUUCGUACCCGGGAGCAAACUGCGUCGUGGUAGUGCCGAGUAUGUAUCGGCGCGUAGGUGUAUGUAUAGCCGUUUAAGAGAGUACUGUUGUUAGGAAAGAGACUACAUGGUUGC